AUGAACACCCGGCAUUCCCUCACACGUCUCAUCCAACAAAUUCAUACCCCGUUCGAAUCCCACAUCCUCAGACCCGGUGUAUCAACCACCCUAAAACAGCACCACGCCCCAUUAACGCAAAUCAGACGACUGAGUCUAUUGGAACAUCACUCACACAAAUUGCUCAAGGAUUUCCAACUUCCAGUACCGAACGGGUUCGUCGUUACGAGUCCGGCGGAAGCUAAGAAUGUCGUUAUCGAUAUUAAUGCACCGUCUGUAAUAAAAGCCCAAAUCCUAGCGGGCGGCCGCGGAAAAGGAACAUACGACAGCGAUGGCAAAGGUGGCGUCCGGAUCGUCAAGACACCAGGCGAAGCCUUCGAAAACGCAACAAAAAUGCUCGGUCACAACCUAAAAACAAACCAGACCCCACCACCAGGUCUCCCCGUCUCAAAAUUAUACAUCUACAAAGCGGUAACCAUAUCGCACGAAUACUACCUAGCAAUGACCUUUGAUCGACAACACUCCUCCCCAGUCCUCCUGAUAUCAGAUGAAGGCGGAAUAAACAUAGAAUCGAACAUCGACAGUCUACACCGGUUAUGGUUUAACCUCGAAACCGGUAUGACCGAUGAAAUCGACGCUUAUAUACAAGCCGAGCUCGGGUUCUCGGAUUCAGAAAUGGGGAGGGUGAGACACAUCCUGCAACAAAUGGUGAAAUUAUUCAGGGAGACAGAUGCAACGCUGUUAGAAUUGAAUCCGCUUGUACGAACCGAGCAGGGGGACUUUGUCUGUUUGGAUGCGAAGUUGCAUUUUGAUAAUUCGGCGCGAUACCGACAGGCGGAGAUUUUUGAGUUGGAGGAGCGGUCCGCUGAGGAACAGGAGGAGUUUGAGGCGGCGCAGUUGGGGCUUUCUUAUGUGCGGCUUGAUGGGGAUAUUGGGAAUAUUGUUAAUGGGGCGGGACUUGCGAUGGCGACGAAUGAUUUGAUUGGGCUUUUUGGGGGGAGGUGUGCUAAUUUUUUGGAUGUUGGGGGUGGGGCUACGAAGGAGACUUUGGCUAUGGCUUUUCGGAUUUUGGGAAGGGAUCCGAGGGUUAAAGGGGUUUUGAUUAAUAUUUAUGGUGGCAUUGUCCGUUGUGAUAUGAUCGCCGAGUCGAUUGUUGCUGCUGCGAAGGAGAUUGGAGGAUUCAAGGUUCCUGUUGUUGUCCGUCUGCAGGGUACGAAUAGUGACAAAGGAUUGAAAUUGAUCGAGGAAUCAGGAUUGGACAAUUUAUUUGUAGAGGCGGAUUUUGAAGAAGCGGCGAAAAGUAUUGUUCGACUCACUCCUAAAAGUGGUUGA